AUGCCUACCUCAACGCUCUGGCGCCGUUCUGAAGAUCCUCUGAGGCCUCGUGGUGUCAGUCCCGUACGGCCGUCCGCUGACUCCAUCGAACGCCUAUCCCCUGAACCCUCCUUCGGACCUACUACCCUGAGCGAGCCUUCGCUUCCCCGGCACACAUCGCAAGAGAAUGGUUACUCAUUACGGGGACUCGGGCUCUCCGACGUUGAAAAAUUAGAGAGCACCGGAACAAAUAUACAGCCAGACCAUAUAUAUUACGAUCAAGAUGGUGCUGCCCAUGUCGGCGCCAGGAUAGUCGCUGGUGCGGCUACACAGAAGGGGCGCCCGCUACAAGAUUCUCAGGACUGGCCAUCCAGAAAUUCCAAGCUCCCUCAAGACACUCGAUGCUCUCAAUUCAAAGGUCAUACUCGCUCCGGCUCGACAAUUGAUGACCUUGCAAGUGCCGCGAUUGCGACUAGUCCGGCAUUAGCCAACGCGAGCCCACAUUCUACGACUCGACCCUCCACGUCCUAUAUCCCCCUGUACAAUUAUGACGAUAGUUCGAAUGGCCCGCCAGCAAAACGAAUCAAGUCCGAGCGACUUCCGAAUCUUGAGUGGUCGCCAUGCGCAGAUAGACCGAGAAACAACGGUUACGAUACUACAACAGAAAUAACACACGAAGAUGCAUUGCUUCUACUUGGGUUGAAGAACGAGGUCAACUUCAAGAAUAAUACACCAUUGUUGAAUUCAGCGACAAUCCAUCCGCAGCCCUAUCCUCCUUCUACGGCACGCCGUCCCUCAGAGUCAUGGACCUUCCCAGAGAGCCCUGUCACACGCCUUCACCGGAGUCCGGAAACGGGAUUCGUGGAGAACAACAUCUCACAAGACCGUUUUAAGCAGAGAUCCCAGAGCAUGACGAACACAUAUCGAAGUCAAUGGCGUACGUCGAUAACUCAGCAUUCUGAUCGCUUGCAAGUUCAAAAGGAGGACAAGGCGAAACAAGAUACCGCAGGAACCGAGCCCACGGUAGGACCGGCAUAUUCAGAACCUCAACAACGCUCUGAACCGACAUCCUCUACGAAUGCUCCCCCCAAAAGACAGCGGAGAGUCAAACCUGAGGUUCAAGCCGAGGUCUGCGCGGCAUGUCAGCGUCUUCAGCUGGAAAGUACUGAUGAUAAGGACUCUGUCAUGUUUUGGAUCAGUUGUGAUGCAUGCGAUCGCUGGUUCCAUGCCGAAUGUGCCGGAUUCCAAACAAAAGCUGAAGCGAGAAGCGUUGACAAAUAUCUCUGCCCGGACUGUGAGCCUAUCCAUGGGAAAACCACCUACGUGCGAAAGUCAUCACGCCCACGAACUGCCAUUGAUUAUGCCGGUCUCAAUCAAGGCGUGGUGAAAUCCUCCGCCGAAACAUCGACGCACCAUUAUAUCCAGCCCAUCAAGGAAGGAAAAUUUGCCUUGUUACCUGAUGAUUUCGCGCGCAUCCGACCGGAGCUGCUUACGAUGGAGUUCAUGGAGAGCUUCGAAGGGAUGAAGAGACCAUUUGUGGUUCCAGCAUCCUGGAACCCACGCUUUGGGGUUAAGCCUCCUUUGGAUGAACCAUCCUCUGAUUUGUCUAUGGAGGAGACUUCGGCUUUCCCCCUCAUCAAGAGUUCAGGGGAACUAGCAGGGCCGGAGCCUCCAACCCCAUCCGAAGUUGUUGAGGAGGAAGUCAUCGAUUGUGACCAAGACUUGUUGGAUAUGGUGAUCCCUCGAGAUCUGACAGUCCGCAAAAUUGCCGAGCUUUAUGGACCUGAUGAACCUGUGCCGGUGAUCGACGUCAAGUCCCAGGAAACAAAAGGUCAAUUCACCCUGCAGCAGUGGGCGGACUAUUAUGAACUUCAGGGUGACAAGCCUAUUCGAAAUGUCAUCAGCUUGGAAGUCUCUCACAGUCCUCUCGGCAAACUGAUCAGACGUCCGAAAGUAGUUCGAGAUCUGGAUCUCGAAGAUCAUGUUUGGGACACUGAUACCGAAACGCGGACUAAGAAACGACCGGUUCAAUUUUACUGUCUUAUGUCAGUAGCUGACAGCUACACGGACUUCCACAUCGACUUUGGAGGUUCCUCCGUGUAUUACCAUAUUGUCAGAGGAACAAAGACGUUCUUCUUCAUCCCACCGGAAGAUAAGUACCUCAAAAAGUACGAGGAUUGGUGCAAUUCGGACUCACAAAAUGAGACAUGGCUGGGCGACUUGUGUGGCGGUAAUUGCACCCGAGUUGAUCUUCGCGAAGGAGACACGGCGUUCAUCCCUGCCGGUUGGAUUCAUUCUGUCUGGACACCCGAGGAUAGCUUGGUCAUCGGAGGCAACUUUCUCACCCGUCUCGACUAUGAAAUGCAAAUCAAGGUUGCCAACAUCGAAAAAGUGACCAAAGUGGCCCCCAAGUUUCGGUAUCCUUACUUUCAGAAAGUUAUGUGGUAUACCUUGAUCAAAUACCUGGAAGAUGAUCCGCUCCCGGAGGAAGUAUUGCAAGACUUCCGCGAUGAUCCGGACUAUGUCUUCUUGCGUGCAAAUCCGGUGUGGGAUGAGAUCGAUGAUUUGGAGAAUACAGCAGAGCCGGGUGACCCUGCUUUCAAUGCCAGAUAUUACCCAAAAUCCGAGGUCGCUGGGUGGCCGCCUCUCAGAGAUUUUCUGUACCGGACGGCUCGGAUAGAUGCUGGUUUGCCCGUAUCAGACAUCACGAAAAAGCAGAUUGAAGCAGUCAAAGCAUCCAUUCCGAAGGGACACGGCGAGCCUCUGGUGAUGAUCAAGCUAUUUGCGAUUUGGUGUGCUUGGAAGAGUGGUAAUGUGACAGCGCCCGAUUGGGUACAUUCAGAUGGUGCCCUCGAGCCAGAGAAAAUGGAAAAGACCAAAAAGCCCGAGACUUUUCGAUUACCUGGAGAACGAAGUUCCUCUCGAAAGGCGACACAAGUCUUGGCUCAGGCGGAGGCGGAGGCGGAGACACAGGCACAAGCGCAUGCACGAACUCCUCCCACGGAAGUCAACAAUAUGAUUCCAGCAAAACAGAACUCUAAACCCGGACCUAGGGCGAAUGGAUUGAGAGUCGCCUGUGAGCCGUGUCGAAAGCGACGAAUAAAGUGCCGACACAAAUCGGGUAGUGAAACACCCACCAGACCAGCACCAGAAAUCCGGCCCCGGAGCUUUUCCAACGCUGAGCCAUCAUCUGCGUUGACAGCUAUUCCGAAUGGAUCCAAGGCUGAGCAGUACCCGUCACCCGAAACCCGGAUUUCGGAACCUGUUGGAAGCAAUUUUGAGGUAACUCAGCCUGUCCCCGCAAACUCUGAACUCCAGUCAACAUCGAAGAAGAGUCGGAGCAAAGCCUGUGAAGAGUGUCGGAAGAGCAAGCGCCGAUGUGUGCAUGAUGAGUAUGGUCGGAUUGAUCCUGCAAAGGCAGCAGAACCUUCGAAACCUCGAGGAUCCACUAGUACCAAACGCCCAGCUCGCUUAAGCGAUGAGAGUGCGCAUAUCAAAAAGGCUCGGAUGGACAUUGAUUCGCUCGAUGACUUAAUUGAUCCCGCUUUAACCAACGGAGACGUUUCUCAGACCGCAACUGAAGCUGUUGAGGAGGACUUUCACACUCCUGGACCCUUCAAUGACAAUGAAAAUCACGUUGAAGUAAACGGAGCAUAUCCUGCACAAAAUGCAACCUUUGGGGAGCAAUCAGCCAAAGACGUUGGGGUAGAACACGUACCCGUCGACCCUGCUUUGGAAGCAAUGGCCGCUCCAGCGCCCGAACAACUUACUAUUAAGACCGAAGUCGAUCAAGUGGAAGAGGGCAAUCUGACAGACGCAGGAGAUUUAGAUUCAAUAGCCUCGAAGCGCAACACGACCUUUUCCACUCCGGGUCCCAUCAGGACGGGUUCUUCCGUCAAUGGAGACGAUUCUGGUGGCGCAAAUCCGACUCCUCGAUCAAGGCACUCUUCCCGGCAACCAAAGCAAGUUGAACGAUAUACGCCAGAGGACAAGAGAUCUCCGAUUAAAUCAUAUCCGAAACCCCAGCCAAACGAUCGGCGGGCUUCAAGCGCUGCAAGCGCCCAGACAAUGGCCACGAGUGUCAAAAGCCGACGAUCUUCAAGCAACACUUCAGGGACCACACAUCAAAUGGCAGGCAUCAUGGCAAGACGUAGUGCGUCUCGCGAAGUAUCGGCUAGACCAGUGAGCCGAGGAAGCACAGGAGGAGAAAGUGACUUGGACGCGGAUGAGAGAUUUGCGAGAGAGCUCCAAGCGGCUGAAAAUGGCCUGAGACGACGGACAAGCGUGAGGGCGUAG